AUGCAUCGCAUUUUUGCUGAGCUGGAGCCAUCUUUAACGAUCACAGAGCAAAACCUGGCAGACCGAGUUCGGUAUAUCUUGCGCUCAAAUAUAUUUGAUGUCGCCGAACUCGAACGGCUACGGCGUGAGACUGUUCCCUCAUCGGAUGAAAAUGCUACGGCUGAGGAUGCGGCGCCACAAAUUGCAGAGCAACCCGCAAACGUGGAUGCCGCCGUGAAUACCCCAGUUGUGGUUGAUUCAAGCGAUGAUGGAACAGUCGCCCGGGAACUGGAAUUAGAGCAUAUGAGGAGUACAUUGGAAGAGGCAAUUGUGGAAACGCGCAGUACGCCUCUCUAA